CUGAUAAAGAUGCUGUAUCCGUACGCCAUGAUCACCUCAUCUGAUAUGACUGGUAUAUAUAUGAGGACCUUCAUUGCAUCACAGUCACAGUAUCUGUUACAUACACACUUGACUAUUCAACAUUGAACAAUCGUAGAGCAGAAGUAGGCACUAUGAACAUCUACAACACUGAGACGACGCUUAAGUCGAUGGGCUAUGUCGAGACCCCAGAAUACUGUUACAGGGAGAUUUUACAACGACGACCAACAGCAAUGCAAGGUUCUUGUUGGUUAAUCCUGUUCACUAAGGCCCUUGGAUAUUUCCUCAUCGGCAGUGCUACUAUAAGUCAAGUUCCACAAAUAUUCAAAAUACUUCGGCGACGGAAUGCGUCCGGAGUCAGUUUCCUAAGUAUGCUACUGAUGUUAGAAGCCUCAUCCUCAAAUGUAGCUUACUCGUUAUCAAAGGAAUAUCCAAUCAAUUCCUGGGGAGAGAAUGUGGUGUUCAUGCUUCAGAACGUGAUCUUGGUGUGUCUUGUUCUGCGUUACAACAAACGCCCCCUGGCGUCACUUUCCUUCAUGAUUUUCUACCUGGUUAUUAUGAUCCUCCUUAUCCUCCCCGUCAUUCCCAGUGACUUAAUCCUUUUCAUCAAUAUCAUCAGUCUACCAGCCACAAGUGCGAGUCGGGUAAUACAGAUAUACACGAAUCACAAAAAUAAAAGUUCGGGACAGUUGUCAGCUGCAUCAACGUUUUUGUGUGUAUUCCAUAGUUGUGGUCGGUUAACAACGUCGAUAGUGUUGACACAGGACUGGAUUAUGAUUUUGACAUUUAUACAAGUAAUAAUACUGAAUAUCAUACUUACAGGCCAGGUUUUAUACUACAGACGAAGUUCAAAAUCAAAGUAACAUUGAAACAUAUACAGUUUAUAAUCUAUCUCAUUAAACCAGAAGAACAAUACUCAAGUGUCAUUGAUAAAAUGUUAUUAAAUUGAAUUUCAAAUAUCCGUCUGAUACAAAAAAUCUCAGAACGUGUGUGUUUAUAAUUGAUGAUUAAAGUCAGUAGAGAGUGAAGUAUAUGUGUUUUAAAAGAGGUGAGAUAAUGUGUGAGAGUAUACCGUGUGUACUAUAAAAACUACUUGGUGUGUUACCAUUGUAGUUACCAGAGGUGGUACCAAUUCUGAGUGUGUUAUAGUGUGUCUUUAAACAUAUAGUAAAAGCUGUGUAAGUGUUUUCAAAGUACGAUAUUUAGUGUGUUCCUAUAGGUGAUUGUGUUUAAGUGUGCAUUUAGGGCCUAUAUUUCGCGUAAUGUAUCUUAGAAUAUUUGUACAAUUGUCAAUUUUAUUAUUGUUGUGUUUCAUAAAGCAUUUAUGUUUGAAAUAAAAUAUUAA